AUGGCAACCAGAUCGAAGAGCUUUCAGUUGAUCACCGGCUUAAGGAAACACCUCGUUAAGCCCGUCCUCCCACGCGCCACCGCUUCCGCCUCUGGACUCUUUGCUUCCAGAAGGAGUGGUCAUUCCUCGGCGUAUGACAAGAACGUGGAGGAUGAAUUGCACGCAAGUGCAGUCCCUGAUGACGUCAUAAAGCCAGAUUCUGAUCAAUAUUGGUCUCCGCAUCCUCAAACCGGAGUCUUUGGUCCCUCCACGGUUGAGCACAGUCCCGCUGCGGAGGCUGCUCAACAGGAUUCGGCGGUGCUGGAGGAGACUGCCUGGUUUCGUCCCACGAGUCUCGAGGAUUCGGACAAGACUCACCAUGUCUAA